UGCAAGUCAAAUGAUCUCGUUCAAAUAUGAGAGACUCACUAAAGGGAGGUGUCCAUUUGGAUGUCUAAAAUCUCUGUUGAUACUCACUGACUCACACAGCAAGGAGGCACAAUGUUGCAUCAGAACAGAAUUCUGAAGAGCGUCCUUUCUGGACCCUUCCUCACCUUGGUCGUCCUCGUCUUCCUCAGCAGCACUGUGGCUGGACUGAGACGUGUGGUGUGGAAACGAUACGAUUACAUCAGUUUGCAUUACACCUGGGAAGAAGCUCAAAGCUACUGCAGAAGGCACUACAAUGACUUGGCGACCAUCUACACUGAGGCAGAUAGCGACGGUUUUCACUUGGCUUCCUAUGAUGCUUGGAUCGGUCUGUACAGAGGCCAGUGCAUGACUUCGUCUUGUACCUGGCACUGGUCUAAUGGCAAACGCUACCACAAAGAUGACACAAAGUGGGGGCACAAUGACUCACGAAACAGAGGGGACUGUGCUCAUGUCUCUUACAGCCACAAAAUGGUUUAUGUCUCAGACUGCAGCACUUACUACUUCUUUAUCUGCCAGUACCAGCCUUCAAAGUACAAAUUUAUAGCUCAGUCGAAGACGUGGUAUGAAGCCCAGGAGUACUGCGAGGAUAAGUAUGAUGAUCUGGCAUAUAUGACCGAUCCCAUUUACCGGGCUGUUGAGGAGGAGGACUUCCCAGUCUGGAUUGGACUGCACAGAGAUGGGGAAACGUUUAAGUGGAGCAAGGGCUUGUCAGACUACGAAAAAUGGGCACCAGGUGAGCCGGGGGAUGACAACUGCGUCGCCAUAUCCUCCAUUUCUAAAAACAUGAACACACGAAAUUGCUCCGACCGUUUCCCCUUCAUCUGCAUCAAGGACAACCUGUUGCUGGUAAAGGAGAACAAGACCUGGGAGGAGGCGCUGGACCACUGCCGAGGCCUCACUCCAUCCACCCACUACACUCGCUAUGACCUGGUCAGCGUGCAGCUCGGAGAGGAGUACGACUACGUGAUGCAGAAGAUCAUGGAGGCCGACACGGAGGAGGUGUGGACAGGUCUGCGUUUUCUGGCUGGUCAUUGGCUGUGGGUGAAUGGAGCAGACAUGACGUACCCCGACUUGCCCCUUUGCCCCGUCGACUUUGAGCAUUGUGGAUCCAUAUCCAAGAACAACACUGAAAGUUUUCAGACCAGAAACUGUACAGACACGAGAAACUUUCUGUGCUACAGAAGGAACUGAUAUAUUUCACCAACCUUUUUUUCACAUUGCUUCUUUAGAUGCUGAAUAUAAACUAUAUGAAAAGGCUUUUGAAUUAUCUCUUACAGAAGUUAAAUCUAUAAUUACCAAUGAUACUCGUGUAUCAGUCAAGUGAAAUAUGUGCACCACUUUGUUCUGAGAAAUUAAAAUCUGUUGUAAGCUAUUAGGUAAUCAUUUAUUCACGUUAGUCUUCUAUUAAUCACCUAUUUACAAUUAGUUGCUCUAGUGUGCAACAAAAACAUAAUGAAGUUAAAUGGAGAAGAAGCCUCUAGGACUGGGAGGUUUCACUAAUCACUGUCAUGUUUUAAAUACGCUGUAAUUCUGGUUUGAGAAAGAAGAGUUCUGGACAAAUUGUCACUAUUUCCUCCACUGAAAUGAAAUAAAUCAACAAUCCAGGAAA